AUGGUCCUCACAGAGACCAGAGGACUGGGUGGUCCUCACAGAGACCAGAGGACUGGGUGGUCCUCACAGAGACCAGAGGAAUGGGUGGUCCUCACAGAGACUAGAGGACUGGGUGGUCCUCACAGAGACCAGAAGACUGGGUGGUCCUCACAGAGACUAGAGGACUGGGUGGUCCUCACAGAGACCAGAGGACUGGGUGGUCCUCACAGAGACCAGAGGACUGGGUGCAGGGCGGCGUCAUUGAGCAGUGAAUGGUCCAAUGAUCGAGGGAUCAACUUUAAAAAGGACGAUCAGCGGGCGGCGUCAUUGAGCAGUGAAUGGUCCAAUGAUCGAGGGAUCGACUUUAAAAAGGACGAUCAGCGAGACCAGAGGACUGGGUGGUCCUCACAGAGACCAGAGGACUGGGUGGUCCUCACAGAGACCAGAGGACUGGGUGGUCCUCACAGAGACCAGAGGACUGGGUGGUCCUCACAGAGACCAGAAGACUGGGUGGUCCCUUACAGGGACCAGAGGACUGGGUGGUCCUCACAGAGACCAGAGGACUGGGUGGUCCUCACAGAGACCAGAGGACUGGGUGGUCCUCACAGAGACCAGAUGACUGGGUGGUCCUCACAGAGACUAGAGGACUGGGUGGUCCUCACAGAGACCAGAGGACUGGGUGGUCCUCACAGAGACUAUUGA